GCUCAGCAUUGCUCAAUUAGUUGUAGUAGACAUGGCCAAAGGAUGGAAAAGUGUGGCCCCGCAUGGUGGAGCCGCUCUCCCAACGCCAAGUAUCUCUUUUAGAUGAGCUUGCCAGCGCGGUAAGCAGUGGCUCACUACAGGUGCCAGAGGAAGAGACCAAUGCAUUGGAGGCCUUUCAUAGACACUGGCAGUCGGUGCGCAAUAAUCAUGUGCAGCACGAGGGCUCAAAACGGCGAGGGCGUUGGCAAUGGAUUUGUCAGAUUCAAGAGAUUUGCAACUCUGCAUGUGAAGAGCUUGAUGCCGUGCUGGGCCAGCUAACAGAGUUGGAUCGGCAGAGGUGUGAGGUGCUUCGCAAAACCACAGCGUUGCACAAGGAAUGUGAGCAGAUGGUUCAGGACCAGGAACGUUUGGCAAGUGAAGCCGAGGCUCUUGCUGAACGGCUUGACUUCUUUGACCGUGUGGCCGAUGUGGCGUGCAUGUUAGAUCAUCAAUCAGCCAACGGUUUGCUUGCCACUGGAACCUCGACUGGCAGCACGUCCGGAAACCAAUCGGAGUUUGCCUCGGUGCUGGAUCAAAUCGAUGGCUCGAUCGAAUUUCUGGAGGCGCAUCCAGACUUCUGUCAAGCGCAACCCUAUACGCAUCAGUUCGAACACCUUCGGAACAGGGCCUGUUUGGCUCUCCGCUCCACGGUGACGAGAAGCUUGGAAAAGAGCUUGGCACAAGUAGAGCAACAGAUGAAGGAAGGAGAUUCUGUACAAACGCAGGUCUUUUACAAUCGCUUUAAAGCAGCAGCCACCAGCUACAGGCCGCUGCUUUCUUUGCUUCACCAACGAGUAGAUAUCCACGAAACCUACACAGUCACACUGGAGGAGUUGGAAGGUUUCUUUGUACAUCUUCGGCUGAAACUCUUAUCUUUGCCAGUGUCGACGCAUUUGCAGUCCAUCGUCCACAAAGACUUGGAGAUGAGUCAGCUUGCGCCGGCAACCCGCCAGGCCAGCGCCUACAUUUUGGAGAUCUCGCAGUUGGAGCGCCAGUGCUUUGAGGCAUACUUCGAGCUGAGGCAGCCGCAAGAGGCUUUGAGAUCUUUGAUGGAGACCAUUGCGGACAUUUUCUACCAGACCAUGAGGCCCUUAGUGCUUGCUUGCAACUCCAUCGACUCCUUGAGAGAGAUUGCUGACUGCUUGCAGAUGGAUGUCCUGGAGCCACAGCGGCGCUCGAGCGAUGGACUGGUGUCGUUCCUGGGAGUGGUCUAUCGGCUCCACAAGGAUGUUCAAGAGAAGCUGAUCUACAGAGUGGAGAUGUAUAUCCGAGAUGACAUCAAGGGGUAUGUCCCGAGCAGUUCUGAUAUGGACUACCCGUCUAUGCUAUACAGCUGUGACUCAGAGGCCAAUCAGGAUCCGGAUCCGAUGCUGGGCGAAUUCCGCAAAGGCUGGUUUCCAUCACUGCCCCGCACGCUCUCCAUCCUGGCGAAGAUUUAUCGAGUUCUGGAGAUGUCCACCUUCCAAGGGAUUGCACAGGAAGCAGUGGAUCUUUGCAUGCAUACCUUGAAGGAGGCAUCCCAAGUCCUAGCACGAAGGUCGUUGCCCAGUUCCUCGGAACUGCAGGCAGUGCUACCUUUGGUGCAAAUGAUGGACUCGCAGCUCUUUCUUGUGAAGCAUCUCCUGCUUCUCCGAGAGCAAGUGGCGGCCUUCGAGUGCGAACUGGUGGUCAGUGAGAAGUACUUCAACUUCGGAAAUCUCUGGGAGGCUUUGAAUCUAAAGCUGCCAGAUGGGAUCCUGGGUAUCCUCAAGCCCACCAUCUAUCAAGCUGAGGUAGACAGCAAGAAAGACAUUGAGUCAGAGCUGAAGUCUGCCUGUGAAGCUUUGAUCACCAAUAUCACAGCUCACAUCACUCAGCCAUUGGCCGCGAUGAACAUGAAGAUUGGCAACUUCUUGGCCAAUCCUCAGGUGGAUCGAGCUUCCUUGAAGGAUCAAAGCUUCAUGCAGGAAGAGUUGCGGAAUGUGAUUGGCACUUUCCUGGACACUGUGAAAGUGAAAGUGCCUUUUGCAACCGCGCACAUCCGCCUCUACUUGUCUACGCCGGGAGGCACCGAUGCUUCAAGGAGUACCUCGCCGAUCCUCUUCAAGCCGGUGGAGAUGCGUCUGGUGGAUACCUGGGGACGUUUGGAAGGUCUGCUGGAGGAGCAGAAGUUUACCAGCGAUGAGCUAGCAGAGAUGGGAUUCAUCCGCCCAGAGGCCCUGCGAGAGCUGGUCUCCUCGCUCUUCAACUCCGUCAUGGAAGCACCUUGGGAGAGCAUCGUGCAAACCGUCGCUCAGGUGCCGCGGCAUCGCUCCAGCUCCAAGGAGGCGCCAGGGCAACCGGUGCCGACCAGCGAGCUACCGGAGCGGAAGGAGCUACCGGAGGCUGCCGAGGUGGAGCCACAGGCAGUGGAAGUGGAGGUGUGGACGUGAUUUGAACACAGAAGUCACAGGAGGUUUAUUCAGAGACUAUUUGCAGUAGAUAUUUGUAUAGAUCGUUUUCCGUUUAUAACAGCAGAGGGUCCCGGAACAGAACACGCAGAAUGUGCAGAAUGUGCAUCUACACAUUCAAGGAGUUCCGUUUCGGAUCAGGAUUGCGCACUUGAUUUUUGAACGGUGAGGAGUCACCAGUCGCCGCACCACCCGUGCCGGUGCCAGCAGCGGCAGUCUCCGAAGUCUCAGGCGAGGAUCCUCCUGUGGCCCAGCCAAUGCAGCCGGACAGGUGAAAACACUGCGUGGACGCUGCGUCGGUUUGUGCAACGUCGUCGAGUUCGCACUUCUUGGAGUCGAGUUCGCAGCCUUUUCUGAAUGCAACAUAACCCAACCCAGCCAGCAGACUGGUCCCAUCCGCACUCUGAC